GUCUGGCUGAUAUGGGCCUAAACGUGUAUAUAAAGCCUGUUCAGAUCCAAGCUGAGUUGUAUCCAUCAAGGAGUGCUGUGUGUACAGGAGGGAUCAUGAAGUGUCUUGUUGCUGUUUUGGUCUGUGUGGUGCUUGCCGAGGGAAUCGUCAAGAUCCCUCUGCGAAAGCACAAGUCUAUGCGUGAGGCCCUGAGAGAGAAAGGGAUCGAGCUGCCUUACCAGGAUCCAGCUCUCAAGUACCAGGCCGAUGAGUUCGCCGGCUCUGCCAACAUGAACAUCAACAACUACGCUGAUACCACCUACUAUGGAGCCAUCAGCAUUGGAACACCUCCCCAGUCCUUCCAGGUGCUGUUUGACACUGGCUCUGCCAACCUGUGGGUGGACUCCGUCUACUGUAACACUGAGGCCUGCAACGCACACACAAAGUUCAACCCCCAGCAGUCCUCCACCUUCACUGCCAAGGGACAGUCCUUCUACCUGCCCUAUGGAGCUGGAAGCCUCUAUGGAGUCUUUGGAUAUGACACUGUCGAUGUUGGCGGCAUUGUGAUCACUAACCAGGAGAUUGGUCUGAGCACAAAUGAACCUGGUGAGACUUUUGCGGUGGCCCAGUUUGAUGGCAUCCUCGGCCUGUCCUACCCAACCAUCUCAGCUGGAGGAGCGACUCCCGUCAUGGACAACAUGAUUUCCCAAAACCUGCUGAAUGCCGACAUAUUUGCUUUCUACCUUUCCAGUGGAGAGCAGCAGGGCAGUGAGCUCUCUUUUGGAGGAGUGGACAGCAGCAUGUACCAGGGCCAGAUCUACUGGACCCCUGUCACCUCUGAGACCUACUGGCAGAUUGGCGUUCAAGGAUUCCAGAUCAAUGGUCAAGAGUCCGGCUGGUGCUCUCAGGGCUGCCAGUCCAUUGUGGACACUGGAACCUCCAUGCUGACAGCCCCAAGCCAGCUUCUGGGUUACAUCAUGCAGGCCAUUGGAGCCCAACAAAGCCAGUAUGGAAUGUAUAUGGUGGACUGCAGCCAGGUCAACAACUUGCCAACUCUCACCUUUGUUAUCAGCGGCGUUUCCUUCCCUCUACCUCCUUCUGCUUACAUCAUUGAGCAAACACAGAAUGGAUACCAGUACUGCUCUGUAGGCAUCACCCCCACCUACCUGCCCUCUCGUAAUGGCCAGCCCCUGUGGAUCUUUGGAGACGUGUUCCUCAGAGAGUACUACUCCAUCUACGACCGCACCAACAACCGUGUCGGCUUUGCUGCAGCUGCCUAAGUGUCAUUAGUGUGACUGUGGCUUUGGUUAUUUUCAAACAUCUGUUUUGGCAUUAUUCUAAAUGAUCAGUUUGGACAAUCCGGAUUUAAUUCAAUUAACAUAUUUGUCACUGCAAAUUACAGUAUAUAAUAUUGUUAUACAUGUCUCUUACAUCUUCAAAUUGGUAUACACAGAUCUAGUUGGAUUUGUAUGUUCAAAACAGAAAAAAAGGUUAAAUGUGUCCAUGAAAUUGUAUCAUGCUAAUGCAGAAUAAAGAUGAAAUUGCAAGUGUUUUAACAUUUUGUCUUUCUAAAUGAGCACUUGUUAUUGUAACAGCACAGGUCCUGGGCUUAGGGACAUUAAAGGGGUUUUCCCCCUUUAUAAUUAAACUUGAGCUUGUGUGUG